AUGGUGCUGAGCCUCCCAGCGAGCACUCGACGGGCGAACCCGGACACGGGAGAGAUGACAAGGUUGGGGUUCAUCCACGCUGCGCCUUUGGUCCGGUUUGACCACAACAGAAACAUGUUUCGGGAGCUGAAGGCGCUGCGGACGUGCGAGGAACUGGAGUUCGUUCGAAAUAAGCUGCGCGGAUUUGGCCGCCAGAUCAAAUUUCGUGCGGAAGUGGCCAACGCCAUGAACUUGACGAGGCUCCUACACUCGGGCUGCCUGUUGCUGCACUACGCGGGCCAUGGCAACGACGAGUACCUGGCCUUCGAAUCCACCACUGAGUGGAAGUGCGGGAUUAUGGAGCCGCUCAAGGUGAAGUAUCUCAAGAACCUAUUCCGAGUGGAUGGCAUCGUGAAGACGCAGCUCGUGUUCAUCAGCUCGUGUUCGUCGGAGGCGAGCGGGAACGUCUUCGUGGCGGCAGGCGUGCCGCACGUCGUCGCCGUCAAGCACAACGCGGGGGUAACAGACGGGGCGGCCCGGGAGUUCGCAAACGUCUUCUACAACGCGCUCUUCGAGAACGGCGGAAGGAGCACCGUGAAGCAGGCCUUCGACAUGGCGCUCAACUGCGUCAACGCCACGCACCUCGGCGCACCCAAGCACGAGGAGGACCUGUUUCUCCUCCUUCCCAGAGAUGGGAACCACGACGUCCGGAUCUUCGACACGCUGCCGGAAGGGAAACUGGUAGACGAGACCCACCGGCUGCCCCCCCGCCCCCCGUGCAAGAAGGCUGUAUCCUCCUACAUGGGUCCAGCGAGGGUCCAGCACGUGGUCAGGUUGUUGCUGGACGAGAGGGCGGCGUGCGUGACCGUCACCGGCGACCCCGGGUCCGGCAAGACGGAGCUGGCCAUCCAGGCCUGCGACUACGUGAGGUACAGGCACCACUUCAAUUCCUUCCUGUGGGCGGACUGCGACAAGGCCGCCCUCGACGCCAGCCCCUACAACUUGGUCUCCUCCGCCGACCGGUUUUACGUCUUGCCAAACUCGCCCAACGGCGCGUCUGGAGACUCGGUCUCCUCGGAGGACCUCUGCCGGCAGAUCGGGGUCGCCAUCGGCAUUCCCCAGCCUGGACCGAGCACUACGAAUGAGUUACAUCAAUUCAUCUUCCCCAACACCGAUUCGGGGCAGCCUUCCCAGAAGGUCCUACUGGUGCUGGACAAUGUCGACUCGCUGCUCGAGCGGGGCGGAGACGCCCAGGACCGUCUCGUGCAUCUCCUGGGCGACCUCUGCUCCAUGGGCGGCGGGGGCCACCUGAAGCUGCUCGCGACGAGCGAGUACAAGCUGCUGAGCGGCAACGAGGUCUUCCACGGCGGCACCGAGAGGGUGGCUGAGGUCGAGCCCCUGGAGACCCGGCACGCCUCCGAAUUGCUGAUAGACAACUCCCCGCGGGACUUGCAGCCGGAGGAGCUCGGUCUCCAGAGCGGUGGCCUCUCGAAAGCCCAUGUCGUGAGCGCGGCGCAAAAUCACCCGGUCCUUAAGGAGGUGUUGGAGAUUGCGGGGGGUCACCCGGGGACGCUGGUGCGGCUUGCUCCGGUACUCCUUAACGGGCCUCUGGACGACGCUUGCAAGCUGAAAGAGAUGGCGACUAGUUGCCGUGCGGACUUCAGAGACAAAUCUUACCGGCGAAGAGGGCACCGACGCUCCGGCUCCGGCACUUCUGCAGGCAGCAGCAGCAGCCUCGCGAUGAUCGCGAGAGAGAUGAGCGAGGCCGGCAGCUCCCUGGGCACAAGCGCCCCCACUAGUAGGUCCCAGUGCGGUUCCCCGGCUCCGGCAACGCCCUCGCAGCGCCCGGCAAUGGGAAACGCCUUCAGCGAGGACGCCGGCCACGGGCGAGACCGGAAACGCGUCUCCUUGAAUCGCACAAACAGCAGCAUCGACGGCAGCGGCGGAGGCGGAGGCGGGGCGGCCCACGCCUGGCCUUUUCCGCCGUAUCCAGACGAAGAGGACGGAGGGGGAGGACUCCCGAGGGCCCACGGCAGCGGCCCGACGGGGCGGUGCCGGAACCCCAGGUGCCACGGUCGGCCGCAGCAGCAGCCCUCUUUGGGCCAGCAGUCGGGGUCGCCCCCCGGGUGCUGCCUCCGCCACCAGUUCGCCCAGGAGCUCCGAGACAGAGUCGCCAUGAUGCACCGCCGCCAGAUGAUGGCGCGGGAGGCGCUCGAAGAACAGCCCGAACUCCCCCAGAUGAACAUGGAACAGCAGCACGCCUGGGACAUGGCGGAGGCGGCCGGGGUCGAGCGAGGCUGUCGCCUCUUGUGGGUCACUGCCACGUCGAACAUGGCGAAUGACUGGCGACGAGACAACGGCGGCGGUGGGGGCAAUGGGUGGUGGGCCUCGAAGCGGGGAGAAUUCGUAUCGUGGAAUCACCUCCGGGAGGGCCUGCAGCGGAAUCUGGAUGUACGGAUGACUGUCCCUUGCAGCAGCAGCGGCGGCGACCGCCACGAUGCCUUGGAAGGUACCCAAUACACCUAUCUCGACGAUGGGCAGGAGGUUGACUCCGAGGAAGUUGAGGUUGACAACGACGAGGACGAGGAUGAGGAGGACCAGGAGCGGGCGGCAGGGGGGGAGAGAAGGACCGGAAACAGGCGCAUGGGGCCGUUGCCUCACGCCACGCGCGUCUUGGACAGGUCACAGUGGGGCUUCAUCCGCGGCAUCCUUCGCAAGAAGCAAAAGGAGUUGGCCAACGCCGGGGUACAAACGGUGGAUUGCACGGAGUACCGGUUGGACGGCCGUUACGACUUCAUCUCGGUCGAAACGUUCGCGAAGUUUUCGCGUUGGUGGGUUCCACUGAUGGGGACGCUGGGCAUAAUCAGGAACGACUGGGCAAGGACGCGGCCCGUUUUCGUGCACGGGUUCAUCGGCAGGCUCGAGACGGACGAGAACCUCAGGAGGGCGCGCGGGGCGUUCUUGCUGAGGUUCAGCGAGAGUCACCCCGGGAAGCUGGUCAUCAGCCGCGCGUAUCAUCACUCCCUCGUGGAGGUGACAGAGGGAGGCCGAUGCUACAUGACGGUGAACCAACAGGGUACCAGGCGCGAGUACGAAUCGCUGCACGACCUCGUGACUCAAAACGGCCAGCUCAGGCACCUCUACCAGGACAUCCCGAUGGAGCAAGUCUUCACAGGAAGAGCUCCAGCGGCGCCGGAAACCGAGACAGAGGGGGCACCGGAGGCGCGAAGAGAAAACGGUUACGAGCUCGGUGCCGCAAGUUGAGGUUUCCAACACUAAACGGUGUUGGGAGGGCGACGGCGCUAUUUUUGUUGCCCCCCCGUUGGAGAGGCAAGCAAGAACAACAUACAAGUA